GUGAUACUGCGCGUGCGCAAACAGACACGAGCUUUUAUCCUUCUGCACUUUUGGACCGGUCCAGAAAAAACGGAUUUAGUCACGUGUAUUUUAUGUAAAUAUAAUAUACAUAUAUAUAUAUAUGGGCUGUUAUUAGAGUAGCUCUGUCAUUUAAAAUGCACACGUGACUGGAAACAACAGACUUUAAUACCUGAGCGCGUGCAGAACUCCGUGAUGAAGGAUUGCUGUGUUAGUUCGGGAGACAGGACAUAAACAACCGAACGCUCGCGCCCUCGACUUUGAGCUGGCUGAUGGAGGGCGCGCGCUGGGCGUUCCGGUGCGGCGCGUGGAGCCCCAGCCGGUCAGAGUGGCUGCUGGCCGCGCGCUGUAUACAACCGGAGGAGAGAGAACGGAUCGGUCAGUUCGUGUUUGCCAAAGACGCCAAAGCAGCAAUAGCUGGUCGUCUGCUGAUCAGGAAGCUGGUGUGUGUAAAGAUGGGUCUGCCCUGGAACGGGUUCCGCUUGGACCGGUCUCCCCGAGGGAAGCCCUACCUGGCCCACGCCUCCUCUGACUCAGGCUCCGCCCCCUUGAGUUUCAACAUCUCCCAUCAGGGUGACUUUGCCGUGCUGGCGGCCGAACGCGGGAGGCAGGUGGGAGUGGACGUGAUGAAGACCGUCAGACCAGGCAGCAGCUCCGUGCAGGACUUCUUCCGCAUUAUGAAGCGUCAGUUCACUGAGUUCGAAUGGCGCACCAUCACGUCCUCACAGUCCGACUGGGACCAGCUGCACCUCUUCUACAGACACUGGGCUCUGAAGGAGAGCUUCAUUAAAGCAAUUGGCUCAGGGCUUGGCUUCGACUUGCAGAGGGUGGAGUUUCACAUUUCGCCCAAUCAGAUGCAGGAGGGGCGUGUCUUCUGCCAGACCAAAAUGCACCUGGACCAGGAGGAAGAGGAGGAUUGGACAUUUCAGGAGUGUUUAUUGGACGAACACCAUCACGUUGCCGUGGCGCUGGGAAAACCUGACGGCUCCGUCCCGAGCGAUGCUGGGAAUCCUGCAGAGGCCACAUCUCUUGGGUUCACCGUACUGAGCUUCAGUGAGCUGAUGAAAGAGGCCACGCCCCUUUCAGACGAAGACCCCGCCCACUGGGAGAGUUUCAGGAGGAAACAGGAAGCACCGCUGCGGCAGAGCGAAGGAUAAGCGGUGUAUAAAUGUUUGAUUUCAUAUGGUGAUGGUGUAGAGAAGUGAUGUAUUUCUGCAUCACACCCUAGGUGUGUGUAUAUAAUAAACCAGGCUGCUCAGUA